UUUCGCAUUUACUGUAAUACAUGUACUCAGUGUAAACGGAUUCACUCACGCUCUCCACUCAUCAGUUUUCCUUCAACUGGUGUGCGAUUGUAUUCCAGUUUUUUUGUGUUUUGCAAAGUGUCUGGUCGACCAAGUGUGACGGAAAAAUUAACAUUCGAUAUUUUUUCUGGUCAUAUAUUUUGUGCUGCUGCAUUCAACUUUUAAGUCCAAGAAAAAUGACGUUGUGUUAGCAAUGGCCAAACACCAGCGUCGGUCGUUUGCUAAAGAUAAUUCGCCACAAUCAUAUCAAGAUGAAAUGCAUCGACAAUCCAAUCACCAGAAAUCGAAAUUGGUGACAAAACCGAAUUUACGCUACGCGAAAAAUCCAAUUAAAAACGAAUCACGGAAGAACAGAAAUCCGCGGAACGAAGGCCACCAUGCGAAAACCAAAAAUCAAACAUAUCCGCAUCAUCGAUCCCCUCCGCCCCUUCCAUUCAUCCCACCCGAACAUUACUACAUAGUCAAUGCAACUGAACCACCAAGUCUUGAGCAAAUGGCUGCCGAACGAGAACGAAUUCGUACCGAAUUUUUUUCAACGUAUGAUGCAAUGACUGGCGUGCGAAUCGCCACCACUCUCGGUGGAUUUUUUGGCUUAAUGGUGUUUUUAGUAAUUUAUAAGAGCCGCGGCGAACGAAUCGAAACAAUGAAUGCAUUAAAGGACCCCAAAAUUGCUGCAGUUGCAGCAGCUGUUAUGCAAGAAGAGGAGGAUCGUGAGCUGGCCGAAGCGAUGGAAGCAACUGGAUUGUCUAUUUACCCAGAUGAUUAUGUGGAUUCGUUUCAAUAUCGUUCACGAAAUCGAAUGAUGUCACUUGGAAAUGUGAGCGCACCACCCACAUUAAAUCAGACGGGACGAUUGUCAUCGAUUGGCGGUUACAGCAGUUUAUUAACACCGACUCAGCGACGUUUUUCUUAUGCCGGAUCUUAUCGUAAAAGCAAUUCUGUUGAAUCAUCUCGUGUAUUUUGUGCCUAUCCGAUAAAUGAAAGCUUUGAUUAUUAUAUGGAAAGUGACGGAGACGAGGCCGAUGACGAAUUCGAUCAAAUAACAAGCAGCAAUGAUGUGGACGAUCGUGUGCAACGACACAAUCUCUCAACACCACAAGGGACCUGUGAAUCGCGUCGCUGCAGUAAUAUAACUUGCUGUAGUACAGAAAGCUCGUAUUUGGAACGAAGAUGCUCGUCAAUAACUUUAGGUCUAAGCCCACUACCGGCAAUAUCAUCACGAUGUCCAAGCACAACAAAUAUUUGGGAUUAUGUUCAUCAGCCGCCAGAUAUUCAAUUAACACAGCCAACGCCACGCGUAUCACCGUGUUCGAGUGAACGCCAUGAUCAAAAGCAUUACUACUACGAUGGCGGUGGCGGUUGCAGUGGCGGAAGUGGCAGUGCACGCCGUUGGAAGAAAGCACAAAGAAGACGCUCAAUGGAUCAGGAAUCAUUUGAUUCGACAAGUACGUAUCCGGAUUCACGUAGCCGUCGAUUUUACUACGAUGAAAUCGAGGAAGAAGAAUUGGCCGAAACGACAGUAUUAGCACAGCAAAUCAAUAAGUUAGGCUUAGAAACUCGAUGUUUAGACGACACUAUGCUUAAGUACACGUUGAACAAUACAUUUCAAACAAAUUUGUUAUCGAAUCGUCGCGCUCCAUUGGCCUCAAUCAGUUCGCUGAAAAUGUCAUCGAUUGAUUAUCAGGAUUCCGAUUUGCGUAGUCCCGUCUCCGAUUCGGUGUUCGAAGAGACAUACGCUGAUACCGAUGAUGAUAUGGAUCAAUUUAGCACGGAUACCGAUGUUGAACUACAAAAUGCUGAAAUUUUACCAUUGAAAGAAACGAAAAUACGCUCACGGAAAAUGAAUGCAAAAACUGUUGCACGCGUUGAACGCACCGAAAUCGAUGCAUCGACUAGCACAAAUAACAUAUCGAUUGCGAUGCAAACAAGUUUUAUUGGUUUGAAUAACAGUGAUUUGAAUGCGGAAACAAUUUGUGAAAUUGAUGAAAUUGGACCUCAAGCUCAGAAUAAUAAUCGAUCGACGGUCGAUACGGUAACACAUAAUAAGCUAUUUCAAUCGAGCAGCACAAGCAGCGAAAAUAAUAACAAAUACAGCAAAUCAACCGGCAACAUGGCACAAGAAACAACAUCAAAUAAACUUGAUAAAACUCAAUUUCUAUCGGAACCAUUGAAUCUACAUUAUCGUGCCGUUGUCGACGAAACGCCCAUAUUGCACAAAUCAAAUAGUAAAACAAAUAUUAGUAUGAGAAUGCCAUUGAAAGGGAAUCAUUAUAGUAGUAGCAGCCGAAGUAGCAGCAGCUGCCACAGUACCACAUAGAGAGUAAAAACAGCAGAGAAAACUACAAAAGAAAAACAUUUACAAAGUCCCAACACAAACACACACUUUGAACAAUGAGCUUAUAUCAUAGUGAAACAAAAAUCCACUCCACCUGAGAUAGACAACUGUUACCAAAAAAAAAACUGAAGAAACACACUAGAACCAACUUUUUCUAAUGCCUAUCAUCUAUAAACACACACAAACACUAACACAAAACACACACACAAUACGUAGAGUGAAAACGUAAAACUACAUGUUUGCAAGCAUCAACUACAUCUAUAUAACUUGUUAAUUCUUCUGUGAUUUUUGAUAUGUUCGUGUGAACGUUUCGUCGCACGGCUUAGGAGAUACAUGUUUUAUUACAAACAGUUAUGGAAGAAAGAAAUUUGAUGAACAAAAAAUGAAAUAAAAAAAAAAAACAAUUAACUAUUUAUAGCAGCCCAAAUGCCAUAACGCCAUUUUCUUGCGAAAUAUCGGUAGAAAUGUAUUUAUGAAGAACACACACAACAAAAAUAAUUGAUUAUAGCGAAGGUUUUUAUUAGAAAGCUUUUCCGAAGCGCAGAUACAUUGUCUAGCAACCUUAGUAACGUUUUUGAGAAAAUUAUCUCAGAAAUGGGAGCCAUUGAACAUUUUGUUGACACGGUGUUGCUAAAUUAUUAUGCCAUUAUAUCACAAUAUUAGAUGUAACCCUGAAAUUAAAAAAAGUAAAACUUAUUAACAUUGCCAUUUUGUAGCAGCAGCCAAAUCGGCAACUGUCUGCUCGUUUCUGGGACUCUUUUCAACAAUAAAACAGUUUUUUUUUUGUUUACUAGCGGAUAUUAUAAACGAAAUGAAGAAAUUGCAUUUACCAGAACGAAAUACAAACACAAAAUAGUAUAUAUUAUAUCGAUGGAAAUGAUGAAAUGAACCAUCACAAAAAAAAGUAUAAAAAGUGACAAAAAACACACACAUUUUAGCGACUAGGUGUAGUUGAUGAAUUUUUAUUUUGCCUGUUGUUAUGUCAAUAUGACUAUUUUCAAGAAAAAACACAAUGAAGAAAAAGAAAUCUACGACAAAAAAAUACAAAAAAAAAAAUAACAAGAAUAGCAUGUACUAUGUUGAAUGUCCAAGAAAAAUCAAUGUGUAAAUGAAGAUGAAAAAUUAAACAAUGUGAAUUAAUGUUAGAAAUAAACAACCUUAUUUAUUACUUACCCUGAAA